ACAAAAGAAAGAGCGCUAUCCGAUCCCAAAAAUCAAAGCUUUCCCGCGAAAGUAUCUCUGUCUACUAUACUCCAUCGGAAACGAAGAGUUGCGUAACGCGCAUUAUGGAUUUGAAAUAGUAGAGCGACUCAGUGUGUAUCUUCAAUCUUCAUUCUGCAAUCUGCCAAGUGAAAUGGGUAUCCAUGGUCUAUUACCGCUUCUCAAAUCCAUAAUGCUUCCCAUUCACAUCAAAGACCUUCACGGCUGCUCUGUCGCCAUCGACACUUAUUCUUGGCUCCACAAAGGCGCCCUUUCUUGCAGCACUGACCUCUGCAAAGGAAUACCCACUUCCAGGCACAUUGAGUAUUGUAUGCAUAGAGUGAAUUUGCUGCGCCAUCAUGGUGUUAAGCCUAUUCUUGUAUUUGAUGGAGGUUUUCUACCCAUGAAGCUUGAACAAGAGAACAAACGUGCUAGGGCUAGAAAGGAUAAUUUUGAACGUGCAGUUGAACAUGAUUCAAAUGGAAAUUCUACAGCUGCCUAUGAGUGCUACCAGAAAGCUGUUGAUAUUUCGCCUGCGAUUGCGCGAGAACUAAUUCAGGUAUUGAAGCAGGAGAGUGUUGAGUAUAUUGUUGCUCCUUAUGAGGCAGAUGCUCAAAUGACAUUCUUGGCAAUUAGCAAACAGGUUGAUGCAGUUAUAACUGAAGAUUCAGAUCUUAUACCAUUUGGUUGUCCAAGAAUUAUCUUUAAAAUGGACAAGUUUGGUCAAGCUGUUCAGUUUCAGUAUUCAAUGCUUCAAAAGAAUAAGGAGCUUAGUUUUGAAGGGUUCAACAGACAAAUGCUUCUUGAAAUGUGUAUUUUGAGUGGCUGCGACUAUCUUCCGUCCUUGCCAGGUAUGGGUCUCAAAAAGGCCCAUGCAAGCAUUAAGAAGUUUAAAUGUUAUGACAAGGUUCUUAAGCACUUGAGAUACAGUGGUAUUUCUGUACCUCCCAAUUAUGAAGAGUCAUUCCGGAAGGCUAUACUUACUUUCCAACAUCAGCGGGUUUAUGAUCCAGUUAGUGAAAAUAUUGUCCAUUUGUCCAAUAUACCUGAGGAUAUCGGUGACGAGUUAGACUUUUUAGGCCCACCCUUGCCAAAAGAUAUAGCACAGGGAAUAGCAGAAGGGGAUCUUGAUCCAAUUACAAAAAUGCCAUUUGAGGGAGAUAAAUUUGUUGCCCGAUUAGAAAUUGCAGGAACUUCUCAAUUCAAAGCUCUUAAUCCUGAAAGGGUGAAGAAAAAGAUUGAUCUUCCCGUGCAGAAGAAUCUCUUGACCAAGUAUUUUUGUUUUGCAUCUCUUGAAGCAAAAAGGGAAUUCAAAGCACCCCGGACCUCACCUACUAUUGCUAACCAAAGAACACUGAUUUCCUCAUCUGCCAAUUCCCUGGAACAUCAGACUUUAGAAGCUGCUGCUAGCGAAACAAUAAACUCCGGUGCAUCCUCGGUUGACUCCGAGAAUACAGGCAGCGACUCUUCUCCUAAUUGCUAUAUUGAAAACAGUUUUUCCUCCAAAACUUCAGACCUUAUAGAAUCACCAUAUCAUGUAUCUAUUUCAGGAGAUAAGAAGGGAAGUCCUGAUCAUACAAUAUUGAGACAGCCCCGGCAGCCAAUUCAUAAACCUUGUCUGGGGUCGCAUAAGGAGCAUGAGCUCACGAAUGUCCAAGACAAAGUUGAAGGAAAAACCGAGGUAAAAAGAAAGGUAAUUGUAAGGAGUCCUUACUUUCAGCAGAAACAAGUAGAAAAGAAAGCAUGUGAGGAGAAACAAGAGAAGCUGUCCUCUGGCAUAUUCAUUGAUGAGAGAAAAAAUGGCAUAUCUGGAGGUGAUUUAUGUAGCAGCUAUUUGAAGAACAAAGACUUGAAAAGGAAGGCCACCCUUAAUGACAAUACUCAAAAUGGCAUAUCUGGAGGUGAUUUAUGUAACAGCCAUUUGAAGAACAAAGACUUGAAAAGGAAGGCCUCCCCUAAUGACAAUACUCAAAAUGAAAACUUGCAGGCCAGGCAAAUGCAUCCUACUUCAUCAUCUACUUAUGAUAAUGGUUGCUCUGAUCACAAUGUUGAUGCGCCAUUCAAAGAGGAUAGUGCUGAAGAAGAAAAAUUUGGGACAAACAUUUCCCACUUAGGCCAAUAUUCAAAAAUAGCUGAGAAGUCAUUAGAAAGAUUUGCCUCUGUAAUAUCGGCUUUUAAAUAUACACCCGGCUCUCGUGUCAGCGGUCUACGCGCUCCACUGAAAGAUGUUCGCAACUCGCAUAACAACAAUAGGUCAACAUCUGCGGACUUCAACAAAUAUGCAUAUGUGCCAAAACCAACGAAGACCAGAAGAGUAGCUCCUGAUAUUCGUAAAACUCGUAAUGCUAGACCAGCGGCAGCUACGGACUUGAGCCAAUUUGCUUAUGUCCCAAAACAGAGACUAGAAGAAUAGCUUCUGGAAAUUAGCUCAAGUUGUUUAUGAAGAACUUUGCAGCUUUGAUUCGGGUUUAUGUCAUCCAUCACACCAUUCUUCCCUAGCCAGGACCUGUAUUGAGUUAAUUCUGGGCAGCUGUAAAUUGUAUUCUGAAUUCAACCACUAAUUUACUUGGGGAUUUGGGAAAAGUUGCCUUGAAGUAUCCUUCCUAUUAUACCACACUCAAGGCAUACUUGGUUGAAGCUUUGGUUAGACGUUUGUCUUCAGUACUUGUUGUAUAUCACAAACAAUUGUAUGUCACCAUGCUUAAUUUUUUCAUUUAUUCAUACUAAUUGAAAAAUAGAA